AUGAAUCCCAACACUAGAAGCGUGCUCAGUUCCUGGUUCUCCUCGGAGGAGAGACCUGCGGCUGCCACGCCAGGCCAUCACCAGGAAGCACCCGACUACGUCUACGCGCCCAUGCAUCCUACGCUCGCCAAGAAGAUGGAGAAGCGAGGAGCAGGGCGAGGCAGGGGUGCACCGUACGGCAGCAAGCCUGCGCCACGAAGUGCGGGUCCUAGCCCCAUCCGCCCCAGCGCCUCAUCAACAUCAGGGCGCCCACCACGCGCGCUUGACGACGGAGAGGUUGCCAUGGGCCGCGGCCCUCGUCGACAGCUACGAAGCUCGCACGAUGGUGGCCUUAAGGACGAUCAUCAGCGUGGGCAUCAGAACCCUGAUGCUAUCAAAGCGGGACGUAACUACAACACCGAAGCGUUUGACUACAACGGCUCGUCGGGAUCUGGUGCUGAUGCGCCGUCGUGGCGCGCUGCGCGAUCCCUUCCCUCGUCGGCAUCGUCGACGCCCAAGAAGCCGUUCCAGCCGCCCAGGCAGCGACGAUCGCGAUUCAAGGAGCAUCUCUCGUCCGAGGAGGUCGAGCAGGGGCUCAAGGACGGCACGCUGCUGCAGGGCGUGCUGCGCGUGAACCACAAGCGCAUGCGCCUCGCCUACGUCUCGGUCGAAGGAUUUGACAAGGACGUCCUCAUCGACGGCGUCUUCGCGCGCAACCGCGCGUUCGAGGGCGACGUUGUGGUCAUUCGGCUCAACGACCCCAGCGAGUGGGAGGUGGUAAAGGACGACAAGGACGACGAAGAGGACGAAGCCGAGCCAUUGGGCGACGAUGACGACGAGGUCGACGACGACCUCCUCAAGCCGUCGGCCCUCGACGAUUCCGUUGUGGACGUCAUGACCGACACCGAUGACGACGAGGUGCCCGAAAGCGACACCGUCAGCAUCAAGGCCGACGCGGAGAGCUGCACCGCCACCGCCACCGCCACCGAGAAGGCCACCACCGCGGAGAGCGUGCCAGUGCGCGACGGCAAAGUGCCGGACUACGAGGAGGCUCUGGAAUCGGAGGAGGCCACCUCUUCCGCAGCUCCCGCCAGAGGCUGGUGGCAGCCCAGCGCUGCGACGGCGGAAGUCGCCGUCGAGGUCGAGAGCGGCGCCACUACCACUGCUGCCGAAUCCACGGUUCCGGUUGUGGUGGUCAGCAGCAGCCAGCCCACCACGCCUCGGGCGAAGGGCAAGAGGUGCUGGAAGUGCCAGGAGGUUGGCCAUAUCUCGCGCGACUGCACGAACCCGAAGAGCGCGGACAAGACCCCCGUCAAGAAGGAGAAGAAGGAGAAGAAGCCCGCUAAGCAGCCCGCGGAGAUCAAGGAGGGUGAGGAGACGAAGCUGAGGCGCACCGCCAAGGUCGUCGCCCUCGUCAAGCCCAACCACGUCGAGGAGAUGGUGGGCUACCUCAAGCCGUGCGGCCUCGCCGAGGAGGAGCUCGGCCGAGGCAACUUCUACGCCUUCUUCGUGCCGCUGGAGAAGCGUAUGCCGCGCAUUCUGGUGCCCGUCAAGCGUCUGUCGGCCUCGAUCAUCAACCACCCCAACGAGCUCACCACCAACCUCUUCGUGUGCAAGCUCACCGGCUGGCCGGCCUCGAGCGGACACCCCCGGGGCGAGCUCAUCAAGAACAUGGGUCCGUCGGGCGACAUGGAGGUCGAGCUUCGCGUGCUGCUCCAGGACAACAACAUCGACUGGGAGGACAGCUUCGCGCCCGAAGUGGUGGCCUGCCUGCCCCGCAUCCCGCCGGCCCCCGCCCGCUGGGAGAUCCCCGCCGAGGAGUUCAUCACCAGGAAGGAUCUGAGGAAGGAGCGCAUCUUCACCAUCGAUCCGGCCACGGCCAAGGACAUGGACGACGCCGUCUCCUGCAAGCGGCUGCCCGACGGCACCUACCUCGUGGGCGUGCACAUCGCCGACGUUACCUACUUCGUGAAGCCCGACACGCCGCUGGACGAGGACGCCAAGAUGCGCGCGACCACCGUCUACAUGGUCCACCGCUCCAUCCCCAUGCUGCCGCGUCUCCUCUCCGACAACAUGUGCUCCCUCGUGCCCGGCGAGGACCGCCUGUCGUUUUCCGUCACCUGGAAGAUGGACAAGGAGGGCAACGUGCUCGAGGAGCCCUGGUUCGGCCGCACCAUCAUCCGCUCGUGCGUCAAGAUGUCCUACGAGGCCGCGCAGGAGAUGCUCGACGACCGUUUCAGCCCGCCUUCUGCGGAGCCGCCGGCUCCCGAGGCUGCGGCCAAGCCCGUGGUCAAGCGCGGUUCCGUCUUCGCCAAGGACCUCACGGCGCCGGAGCACACGGUCGAGGAAAUCGUCGACGACGUCAAGGUGCUCAACGCGAUGGCCGAGUCGCUCCGCAAGAAGCGCUUCGAGGACGGUUCGCUCACGCUCGACGACGCCAAGAUGUACUUCUGCCUCGACGACGACAAGAUGCCCAUCGACGUGGGCGUGUACGUGCGCACGGCCAGCCACUUCCUCAUCGAGGAGUUCAUGUUGCUGGCCAACAAGAGCGUCGCCAAGCGGAUCCACUCGGCCUACCCCGACCGCGCGUUGCUCCGUCGUCACCCGGCGCCCAACGACAACAAGCUCGCCGAGUUCAUCUCGAUGUGCAGCGCCAACUCAAUCAGCUUCGACACGAGCAGCUCCAAGGGCUUCCAGCGCUCGCUCCUCGCGCUCAGCUCGCUGCCCAACCCCGACAUUGCCGCCGUGGUGACGCGUCUCGCCAUGAAGCCCAUGUCCGUGGCCAAGUACACGUGCACCGACGAAGAGGCCGGUGAGGGCGCCUACAGGCACUACGCCCUCGCCUUCGACCACUACACCCACUUCACGUCGCCCAUCCGUCGGUACGCCGAUGUGAUCGUCCACCGCCUGCUCGACGCCUGCCUCCAGGGCCUGCCCGCGCCGCUCGAGAAGGAGGAGCUCUCGGACAUCUGCGACAACUGCAACAUGAGGAAGACCAAGGCCGACAAGGCCCAGGACAAGUGCGACCUGGUGUUCCUCUGCACCCUGCUCAAGAACCACCCGCCCAAGGACCUCGAGGCGACCGUGAUUACCGUCAACAGCCGCAGCUUCGAGGUCUACGUGCCCCUCUACGGCGUGGAGAAGCUCGCCCGCGCCGAGGACCUCCCCCUGGCCAAGCUUGACCACGACAAGAAGAACCAGGCCCUCUACCUCCACUGGCGCGCCGCAGCCAACGGCACUUCUUCCACCGCAGCGGAGGAGGAGGAGGAGGAGGCCGCGGCUGGCAAGAAGGUCAUCGUCCAGGAGAUCAAGCCCUUCACACGCCUGAGGGUGAGGCUCUACCCGGACCUCCAGAGGCGCCCCAUCGACGUGCGGCUCGCCAUUGUCCCGCCCGAGGGAGCCGCCGUGCCCGACAACUACUACGACGCGCCCGUCCAAGAGUCGGCCAAGCCCAAGACCCCGGCGAAGCAGCACGGCCGCAGGCAGCAGAACCACCAGAAGCCGCCUCGCCCCGACCACCUCGAGUCUGCUGCGGAUAACCACGACAACCACGUCGAGAACUGGGUCAACGAGGCCAGGGACGAUGAGGCGAUGCAGAGGCAGCAGAUCACCGAUCGGAUCAAGCUCUUCCUUGCCGAUCCGACCCAGACCAAGCUUCAUCUACCCGCCGAGCUGACAUCAUUCGAGCGGCUCAUCGCCCACGAGGUGGCCGAGGAUCACGGCCUCCACCACCAAUCGUCGAACUAUUUCUGUUCCGAGACCGGCACCAAGGAGAGGCGCCUGACUCUCUUCAAGCAGGCGCCCCCUGCCGCCGCACGAGCCCGCUCGCGUUCCGUCCCCGGCUCUGCGCCCGGCGCCGACCCCUCGGCCGCGGGCGUCAAGACCCCGACCCGUACCGGCGCCAAGAGGGCUGCCAAGCCCAAGCUGCCUACUCGCGCAGCUCACGCUGAAGGAGGAUCGGUUGAUGGCGAGCCGCACGCCGACGGAACAAGGACGACCCCCAAGAAGAGGCCCGCCCGCAAGACCAAGGAAGGCGCCAAGGAGCGCGCCGCUGCGGUGGAGGCCGCGGUCGGCGAGGACGGCGCUCCCGUCGAGGUGCGCACGAAGGUGCACCGCCCUAAGAGGACGCCAAAGAAGCGCCCUGUUACGGCAACGACCGUCGCCCCCGCCGAGCAGCAGGGUCAGCAGGAGCCGCAACAACAUCCGCCCCAAGAGGCAGCAUAA